AUGUUGUUGCGAGCGCGUUUGAGGUCAGCGAUCGAGGUGGCGCUACCUCGACCUCCAACCAAGAUGCGCUUGCUGUCGCCGGAGCUGCGGUCCGCCAUCGAAGAGAAGCAGCUGGCCACUAAGAGGGCAGCGAAGACCGCUCAUGGCGAGCCCGCCGAGCAGGAUGUGAUCCGCGAGGCCCGGAAGAUCGAGUCCCAAGGAGGUGUUGGUGGACAUGGUGCUGGACAUGGCCCAUGGGCUUCCAGUGCUCCAGGCUAUGGAGCUCAAGGAGCAUAUGGACCACAUGCUGGGGCUUAUGGCUACGGAUCACAAAGAGGAUGGCCAGGAGCGCACGGUCCUCCAAGACAGCGCUUUGCGCACCCUGGACAACACCUACAUGAUGGACCACGGGGGGUCCACCAUGGUCGUGCUGCGUCCGCUGGCGCGGCAGGCCCAGGGCAAGCUCAAUCGAACAAUGGACAGAUGGUGGAUGUGGUUCCUUGGAACGGACGGAUGGAAGAAGGACCCUGUGAUCCUGAAAGCGUUUUCGAGGUCAGGGCAAAGGUUCGGGACUUGGCGCCACAUUUGCUGAGCUCAGGUUGCGAGAAAUAUGUCAUGGAUGCCGACAAGAUGCUGAAUAACUUGCCCACCGACUUUGCCUCAGACAUGGUCCCUGCUUGCAAGAAUGACUACCUCGUAAAGUCUGCUGCCAAGACCGUCUAUGAUGUGGAACGUUGUGCGCAGGUGGCCAUGGCACGAGCCGAGCAUAUGAAUGAGGAGGACAAAGUUGAGAUGGAGAAGAUCCUGGAUGAGUUGCGCGUGGCUCGCACCCGAGUCCUGGUGCCCGUGAACGGUUACGCCUCUCCCGCCUCCUUCCCGGGUCACGCCCACAUGAGCGCCAAAGAGUGGCGAGAAUUCGACCACAGCGGCUCUGCUGGGCAGUCGGCAUCGCAUUGGGGCAAAGGUCCUCACAGCCUUCCACAGUCAGGACAUCAUCACGGUUUUGGAGGUGGUGCACCGCCUAUGGGCGACUCCUAUGGCCAUCCACCGCAGCCCGCAGCUCCGUUUCACCCGGGUGGGCCACCACCGGGCAUGAUGGAAGCGGAUCUCACGCCCAAGCAGCAGGAGAUCAGGGAUGCCAUUGUGAAUGCGCAAAAGCUGGCGAAGGACAAAGUUGACAAGGAAGGCUACAUGAGAGUUGGACCCAUCAAGACUGGACCUGGGCCAAUGCCGCCCGCUCCAAAGAUGCCCGUGUUCCAAGAGCCCGGGCCCAGCCUGGACAACAGCGAAGUUCCAGUCCACCUACCUGUUUGGUCGAAGGAUCAGCUGGUGCCACCUGCGAUGGCGAUGUGCCCAUGGCUGGCCUGCUCUGCCUUGGCCUUCCUUGAGGUGCCACAGCUGAAGCCAGGACGACGACGACGCUUCAAGCUGGCCGUGGAUUUCUUUGGAUAG